AUGUCCAAACGAGAUCAUAGUCACGUUGAUACAACAACACUCUUCCAUCAUUGUAACACAGAAACCAAGUUGUUGGAUCAUUCAUUCAAUCAAGUAGACGUCGAUGAUGAUAAAAACAAGAAACAAAAAUUAAUUCCAUCACAAAACAGAAAGGAUCAUGUAAAAUUGAUCCUUCUUGAUUUUUCAAAUUCUUUUUAUUCUUUUGAUGGAAAUUAUGAACUCAAUGAUCUUCGGAGAUUAGAAUCAUCAUUGAAAAAGAAAUUCUCAUUGCAACAAGAAGGAAAAAAGAAAUGGCUCUUGAAUCGUGAAUUGAAAUAUGUAAAAUUCUUUCCUGUGGAGUUUAUGAAUGACAAGGAAUUUAUUUUGAAUCACAUCAAAAAGUACGAUUAUGGAUUGCAAUUUGCAUCCACACAAUUAAAACAAGAUCGAGAGUUUGUGUUAAAAGUGGUUCAACAAAGAGGAAGUGAAUUUCAAUUUGCAAGUUAUAGUCUACGAAAUGAUAAAGAAGUGAUAUUGGUAGCUGUAAAACAAUUUCCAGAUGCAUGGAGAAAAAUUCCAAGUUUUCCAGGAACACUUCGAGAGGACAAACAGUUUACUCUGGAAAUGCUCCAACAGAAUGGAUCGGUUUUGUUAUUCCUACCGAAUCAUCUUAAAAGUGACAGAGAAUUUGUUUUAACUGCUGUCAAGCAAAAUGGUGAAGCGCUGAAUCACGUUCACUAUGAUUUGACUAUGGACAAGACAAUUGUGUUGGAAGCAAUCAAACAAAAUAGGAACUCAUUUAAAUUCAUUCCAAAAGAUUUACUGUUAGAUAUGGAAUUCAUGUUGACAGUUCUCAAAACAAUUUUUCCAGAAUUUUCUCAUUUAGAAUCAUUUGAUUAUUCACAAAAAGAAGUCAUGAUGAAACUUGUACAAGUAGAUGGACGUUUUCUUUCAUUGGCAAGUGAUAAACUCGGGAAUGAUCGAGAAAUUGUUUUGAAUGCCGUUAGGAAUGAUGGUUUCUCGCUUGGCUUUGCAUCUGAUAAUUUGAGGAAUGAUCGAGAAAUUGCAUUGAUGGCUGUUCAACAGAAUGGACAUGCAUUGGCAUAUGUUUCUGAUGAAUUGAAGAGAGACAAAGAACUUGUGUUAAAUGCUGUCAAUCAACAUGGAUUUUGUCUUCAAUAUGCAUCUGAUGAAUUGAAGAAUGACAAAGAGGUGGUAUUAACUGCAGUCAGACAAAAUGGUGAUGCACUUCGAUUUGCAUCGGAUGGAAUGACAAGCGACAGAGAUGUUGUAUUGACAGCUGUCAGACAGAAUGGCUUUGCUCUCGAUUAUGCAAGUGAAAUGAUGAAGCACGACCAAGAAAUUAUUUUAGAGGCUAUCAAACAAACACCUGAGGCAUUUGACUAUGCAUCUCAAGAUCUUUUAAAUGACAAACAAUUCUUUAUAGAAGCUCUUAAAUGUGGAGAUUGUAAUUAUUUUAUGGAACUUGUGCCAAAAGAAAUUGUUCACGACAAGGAAUUUCUUUUGAAGGCAAUCAAAGUCAAUAGUCUUACCAUUGUAUCACUUCUAGAUAAUCAUAUUAUGUCUGACAAGGAAAUGAUGUUGGAAGCGGUGAAGAAUAAUGGACUCGCAUUGAGGAAAGCACGUAAAGAAUUGCUGAAAGAUCCGGAAAUUGUGAUGGAAGCUCUUAAAUGCAAUGGAUACGUAUUGGAGUACAGUGAUGAAUUAUAUCAAGCAAGAAUGUACAAUUGUUAUCAUGAUGCUUAUUUGGGAAACUAG